CGUCAUCUUGCGGGUCAGCUGACCGCGCCGUGUGCACCCGGAAACACUGUCCGUCCUGAAACAUAAGACGGUCGCAUUGGUUCCGGGACCAGUGAAGGUUCUCAGAUGAGAUGAUGUGACCCCCAAAUCUAGAGAUCUCAUGGAUGAAAAGCCGCCGGAACCAUCAGAUGUUCUAUACGAAGUCCGGAAUCACAUCGACUUCAUCGAAGACCCGGAAACCUUCAGCUAUCACGAGUUCUUCCAUAAGUACAUGAUCGGGAACGUGCCGUGUCUCUUCUCCUCCAAGUUCACCAGAUCCUGGGGAAUCCGCAAAUUCUGGGUCAGCGCCGACAACCAGCCCAACUGGGAUCAUCUGCUGCAGAAUUUCGGAGAUGCCGCUGUUCCUGUUGCUAAAUGUGAUUUAAAGGAGUACAACGCCAACCCCAAGGAGCAGAUCCCUCUCCGGGAAUACAUCGAAUACUGGAGGGAGCACAGGGACCAUGCCUACCAGUCUACCAAGGGCUGCCUGUACCUGAAAGACUGGCACAUGCAGAGAGAGUAUCCAGAUUACGAUGCGUAUAAAACACCAGAAUAUUUCUCAUCGGAUUGGCUGAAUGAAUACUGGGACGCCAUUGCUGUGGACGAUUAUCGUUUUGUCUAUAUGGGUCCAGCUGGUUCAUGGACUCCGUUCCACGCCGACGUCUUCCGUUCCUACAGCUGGUCAGCCAACAUCUGCGGGAGGAAGAAGUGGUUGCUCUUUCCCCCGGGAUCGGAGGGAAAUCUCAGGGAUUGCCAUGGAAAUCUCCCAUACGACGUGACAUCUCCUGCCCUUCAGGACCCUAAACUGUUCCCGAAUUAUCAGAAGUGCUGCCCGCCGAUCGAGGUCACACAGGAGGCCGGGGAGAUCAUCUUUGUGCCCAGCGGGUGGCAUCAUCAGGUGUACAAUGUGAUAGACACCAUUUCCAUCAACCACAACUGGGUGAAUGGCUGCAAUGUGGCGGUUAUGUGGCGCUUUCUACAGAAAGAGUUGUCAGCGGUGCAGCGGGAGAUCGCGGAGUGGAAGGACACCAUGGACGGCUGGGAUCGGCACUGUCAGGUCAUCAUGAAAUCUUGCACAGGGAUCGAUUAUACAGAAUUCUACACCUUCCUGAAGACGAUCGCACAUCGCAGAUUGAAAGUCCUGGAAACAAACGCCGUCGAUCUCCCCGCCGAGGGCCGGAUGGUCCCGGGGCCGCGCCACGCGCUCUUUGACCUGGAGAAGAUCGCAGACGUGUUGUCCGCGCUGAUUGGCGAUGACGAUUUUCAAAAGCUGGACGUGGAGACGUUAAAUCCGCCUCCAAAACAAUUGUUACAGCGACUGACAAUGGCGAUGGAUCCAAAGUCGCGUGCCGUCCGCUGUGUUUAGGAUUUGCCUUCUACUUAUUUAUUAAUAAACAAGUUUAUUAUUUUA